UUCAAAAGGGCCGCUUUCGUCCAAUCACGCAUGUCGACAUUACGACGUCUUCGUCUCUUGGUCACAUCCGGUCAUAUAUAUGUUGCCACGAGUUAGCGGCGAAUUUGGAGCGUGUCCAUUUUGAACAGCCACUCGGCGUCCCCGGAAUUUUCAGUCAAAUCAUUUGAAGAUCCCACCAUCAGAAUGGCAGACGCUGAGAACCUGCUCAUGGAGACAUCGGAGCAGAACGGCAACGAGGGAGAGGAGGAGCAGAAUGGAGCUGAGCAGGAGCAGAUGGCCGGGGACGAGGAGCAGGACAACAACACAGAUGGCGGAAAGAUUGACGCUAGCAAAGGAGAGGAAGAUGCUGGUAAAGUGUUCGUGGGCGGCCUCAGCUGGGAUACGAGUAAAACGGACCUGAAGGAUUACUUCAGUAAGUUCGGUGAGGUGUCAGACUGCACCAUCAAGAUGGACUCAAACACUGGUCGAUCCCGAGGCUUUGGUUUCGUUCUCUUCAAAGACUCUGCCAGCGUGGAUAAGGUACUGGAGCAGAAAGAACACAGACUGGAUGGACGCAAUAUCGAUCCUAAGAGGGCGAUGGCUAUGAAGAAGGAUCCCGUCAAGAAGAUCUUUGUUGGGGGUUUGAACCCAGAAGCAACUGAGGAAACCAUCAGGGAAUACUUUGGCGCCUUUGGAGAGAUCGAAACAAUUGAGCUCCCAAUUGACCCCAAAUCAAAGAAAAGGAGGGGAUUUAUCUUCAUCACAUACAAAGAGGAAACUAGCGUAAAGAAGUGUCUGGAGAAGAAAUACCACAACAUCCAGGGUGGCCGGUGUGAGCUGAAAAUUGCUCAGCCAAAGGAGGUGUACCAGCAGCAGCAGUACGGAGCAGGGCGUGGAGGUGGCUAUGGAGGCCGAGGAGGCAGGGGCCGUGGAGGUCAGAGCCAGGGCUGGAACCAGGGCUAUGGAAACUACUGGAACCAAGGAUAUGGCAACCAAGGCUAUGGCUAUGGUGGAUAUGGCAACUACAGCAACUAUGACUACUCUUCUGGUUACUACGGAUAUGGUCCUGGAUACGAUUACAACCAGGGCAGUGCCAGCUAUGGAAAAACCCCAAGGCGGGGGGGACACCAGGCCAACUACAAGCCAUACUGAUGGUCACUUGGCAGUGCAAGGACUCCAGUGAUCCAGUGAGACCGACGGCUGGACGGACACACACUGGGCCAGACUCGACCUCUUUUAUGACAGAAGACCAUUUGUACAGAAAACACCAGAAAUGUAACUUUUUUUUUUUGUUUUCUUUGUUUUCUUUUUUGUUUUGUUUUUGUUUUGUUUUUUUAAACCCUAUCAGUUUUAGUUUUUAUUUUUCCCUAGUGUUUUUUGUUUUGUUUUUGUUUCCUCGUCCCCUUCCACAUUUCCACCGGAAGUGUAAUUUUUACUGUACUUUUUGGUACCUGUUUUGAUUCUAUUGUAUUGUAAGGGUUGUAUUUUACAUGUUUGAUGGCUUUACAGGUUGAAAAUCUUGGCGCUGUAAAGGAGCUUUUUUGACAAAUAAAUACAGUUUUCAGUAAAUUUUGUUCUGAUGCUUCCAGGUUUUGGGGAGGAAGAUGAAACAUUGAGUGGGUUUAGGAUUAAAGUUCAAAUGUCAAGGAUAAUGUUGAUUAUGGAAUUCUUUUUCCCCCUUUCCCCCCUUUUCUCUCCUCUUUGUCCCUCCUUACAUGGAUUCCAGUGUACCUGAGAAGGAUUUUUAACUUGCCAGAUUUCAUCAGUUGUAAAACACAGGUUAAAAGAUUGUCCCAGGCUGUUUGAACCCAACAACUGGAAGCCUGCGGGGUGUGUGGGAUGUGCUGGGAGGGGAAAUGUUUUGUCACUUUAGAUCGUGUUCUUCAUUCGCCGUUGGUUUUAGAAAUUACCGUUUCUGAAGUUAAAUGUCUCUUUUUUUUCUUUUCUUUUUUUUUCUUUUUUUUCUUUCUUGACGGACUUGAGGGCCAGUGUCGUCGUCUCAGCCAGUGUCUCUGGCAUUUAUUAGUAAUAAACAUUCUGGUUUGUAA